AUGGCCGGCAGCGGCGAGGCCGGCGGAGUGUUUGGGUGUGCGCGGCGGGGAUCGGGCGCCGCGCACGGGGGAGCGGAGGCCGGCGGAGGAGCCUCCGCAGGCGGAGCGGGAGGGGGAUCGGCGGGGGAGAGAGCAGUUUGCGCCGGUGGUGGCGGAGAAUACGAUGGAAGAGGCGGGGGAUUGGAACGGGGGAGCGCGCGAGAGAAGGUGGGGGAAAGAGAGGCGGCUGGUGCGGAUGCGGACGAGGGGGGGGAACGGGGGGGCACUGCGAGGGAAGCUUUCCGGGAGGGGGCGGAAGGGUUUGGGGGAGCGGGGGGGAGAGCUAAUGGCGGAGAUGUGGAGAGCGGAGGGGAGGGCGCAAGGGGAGGCGGGAAAGAGAGGGAGCGAGCGAGGGGAGGGGCAGCAGACGGGGCGGAGCAAGAAAAGCGCCCUAAUGAGGAGGGGGAAGGGGACCCGGAAAGAGGAAGAGAGAGAAAUGGAGCAGGAGCAGGAGCAGAAGGGGAGGAAGGAGAAAGUGGGGAGGGAAGGGAAGGGGACGGAGGAGGAGGGGGAGAAGGGGAAGCAGGGGAAGGAAAUGAAAGGGGAGGAGGAGGGGGUGAGAGCGUGGCGGAGCGCAUGGCGCGGCACGUGGAGGUGGUGAGGGCGGUGGAGAGAGCUCGCAUGGUGGCAUUGCUCAGAGCGUUCCUGCAGGCGCGGCACAUCAAGACAGACAGCGUGCCGUGCCUUGUGGACGAGGUGUGUGUGUGGGGAAGGAUGGGGACGGGGGGAUCGGGGCAGAGGGACGGGAAGACUUGGAAACAUUUGCCUUGUCAUUCGUUCCUGCAGGCGCGGCACAUCAAGACGGACAGCGUGCCGUGCCUUGUGGACGAGGUGUGUGUGUGGGGAAGGAUGGGGACGGGGGGAUCGGGGCAGAGGGACGGGAAGACUUGGAAACAUUUGCCUUGUCAUUCGUUCCUGCAGGCGCGGCACAUCAAGACGGACAGCGUGCCGUGCCUUGUGGACGAGGCGCGGCACAUCAAGACGGACUGCAUGCCGUUCCUUGUGGACGAGGCGGGUGUUGCGGGCGGGAUGGAGGGGAAGGAAGCGGGGGUGUAA